AUGGGCUGUCUCGAAAUGCAAUUCCCACACUGUGAUACAUCUUCCUCGCCAUCGAAGAUGUUUCAAUCCCGGAUUCCGCUUUUACACCAGGGGUGUGCUAAGUUAGGUGAAAAGCCUCAUGCAUUUAUCCGUUGCCUUUCUGCCACUGACUUGUUGGCCCAAACCAAUACGCCUCGAUCCGAUACUCGAGGAGUCACUACCUCGUCCACCUCGAACUCAAGCGAAACCUCCCAGGCUCGACCUAGAAGGCCUAUUAUCCCGCCAGCUCGCCUGAAUCCCAGAAACACGGGCUCCGAUCGUCCUCUUCCUCGAAGAGUUAUUGAUGCAAGAUCCUUAGCCGCCGGUCGAAGCGGUUCUCAGCCCACCAACAUCAUAAGGGGGCCGAGACUUCGGACUCCUCAGAACUUAACAUCUGCCCGGAGCCGCGGACCGAGACCUCCCACGCAAAAGUCCACAGCCAAAGAUCGGACGCAACGUCGCACACGCAACCCAUCAGAUGUCGAUACGGAUGAGGCGAUCGAUGGACAAGGAAUCGAAGACGUUUUCCGUGAACUUGAAGAGCAAGCAAAGCCCGUCUCCGUUCGUUAUGAUCCAGAGCCCGUCACUUUAGACUCGCUAAGGGAGACGUGGCCAUCUCUGCCCACCGAUGUCGGUGCCCAUACAGCUGGAGUUGCUGAGACACUGUCGUCGAUCAGCGCCCGCUUCGCCCACGGUUAUGUUUCUCCUACAGAAAUGGGCAAGCGGCUUUUCCAAGGCAGAUACGUCCGCUUCUUGGACGAGGAGGAGAAGUCAUUUGCUGUAGCAGAGGCAAGGAGGCUGUCUCAAUUACUUGCGGACAAGCUCUCACAGCGAAAAGGCGAUUUGGUUGAGCCUAUCGAAGUCACUUUCAGCCCAAUUGACGAAAAGGAUCGAAAGACUCUGAUUGAAUUGCUCGUUCAGGGUAAAUACCCAGCGACCUUAAGUGGGCAGUCUGCCCAAUCUCCCGUCCUAGAUCAAAUUGCGACGAAUUUGAAAAACAAUGGGUCAUAUCUCACAGCUGGAAAGGAUACGCAGUUCUUUGCUAAGGUGGAAUCACUUCUGACCUCUGGCCGUCCUACAAGACGUGUUUAA